AUGAGUCAUAAGAUGUUGUCAUGUUUGGAGAGAAUUGAUAAAUUGUUGGAUGACAUCGAGAAGAAAAAUGUUUCAAAUUUCUCUCAAGAGGAUUGCUAUUAUUUCAACGCAUCUGAAUAUCAGCCACCACAAGCUCAACCUACUCUUAUAGAGCUACCAAUAUAUCAACCACCACCUCCUCAACCCACUCUAAGAGAGUUAGCAGCUCGAUCUUCGUAUCAGCAGCCACCUGCUCAACCUCAACUUACUGUUAGAGAGGCAGCUCUUCGAGAUUUGCAAAGUGAAAAAGGUCAACAACUUAUUGAAGAACUCAACCAAUAUAGGUUGAGUGUGGGGUUGCCGAAAUAUGAUCCUAUAGGAAAUUUGCUUAAAUUGAAUAAGAAUGAGAAGAUUUCUGAAGAUGAUUCAUUGGUCCAGUCUCCCCAGCCACCAUCUCAAACAGACCUUGAAUGUGAAGAAUUAGAAGAGACCAAAGAGAUUAACAGUCCAGAUAUUCCAAGUUCUCCUGAUUCUUCUGGUAUAUACAUAGUAGUUAAGCAUGAUUCGCUCAUUCUAGGAGUUGGUGACAAGGAUAUAGAUCAAGUUGAUUUCACUGAGCAGAACAUUCCUAUAGUUUCAAAAGAAGGGUUUCAAGUAGACAAAUGUGGCGAGGUUGUCCAUAGUAUAAGAGAUAAUACGGAUGAUGUGAAAGUUGAUUCAAUGAAAGACCAAGAAGAGGAUCAAUAG